AUGGGCCGUGCUAAUGGCUGGAGGUGUGUAUCGUUUCAAAGAGGUCAACAAUGUCCGCGAUCAUUUCAGGAGCAAUACUUGUACUGCUUUACUGAGCCAAAACCGCAUUGCAGCGCAUCCGACUCACCCUCACGUUACGAGUUUGCCGUGGCGCGAGAGUUCUUCCAGGAGUUAGGCAGUCCUUUUCAUGUGGUCGUCGCUCUGAAGGCGUCUGAUGAAGGUAACAUUCUGCGACCAAAUUACAUUGACAAGGCGCUGGAAAUCGAAGACUUUCUUCAGUACAAGCUGAAAGUGAACUACAGGAAUCGUUCAUAUUCUUAUUCGGACUUUUGUGGUACACAAUGUGAAACCAGCGAUGCGGUGAACGUCUUUCUUACGAUGUUUCGCGAUCAACAACGGAAGGGCGUAAACCACGUGAAAUUGACCUAUCCUUCAAUGAACGUUUUCGGUCAUCAUGUCUAUCUGGCGAACAACUUUUUUCUGGUUCGCGUGAACAACUUGUCUCAAAUAGUCGAAGAGUCGCGUCUGAUCGCCAUCAAUUUCCACGCAAUUUACAACAAUGAGAGCUCGGUGGUGAUUAUGCGUGAAUGGGAAAAGGCUGUAUUCCAAUACUCUCAAUCUACCAUCAACGAUCCGCUCAUCCGGGUUUUCUGUACCAGUGAAGGUCUAGUAUCAGAAGAGGUGCGCAGAACAGGAAUUCUCGCUAUGCCUCUGAUGGGAGCGACGCUGCUCAUUCUCAUUGUGUUCACAAUGACCACGACGUUGCGACGAAAUCCAGUGAAAAGCAAUCCAUUGGAGUCGCUUCUCGGUGUUAUCUGCCCGAUUAUUUCGCUUGUAGCCUCGUUUGGGCAUCUAUUCUGGAUGGGUUUCGAGUUUUUGCCAAUCGUCACGGUGGUGCCAUUCUUAGUUCUAGCCAUUGGUGUCGACGAUGUGUUCAUUUUCAUACACGCGUUUCAUAAAACCAACGAUAAGCAUCCUGUACGGGAGCGAAUCGCCGAGACGCUGGCUGAUGCUGGUCCCUCAAUCUCCAUCACGUCGCUCACUAAUCUACUUUCUUUCUCAAUAGGAAUCUCCACUAAUACACCAGCCAUCUAUACAUUCUGUGUCUUCAUCUCGGUGGCCGUUAUUUACGACUACAUAUAUCAGAUCUUCUUUUUUUCCGCCGUGUUAGCAUUGGGUGGGGAACGAGAAGCUCGCAGAGGCAAUGCUUAUCUCUGCUGCCUGACGGUACCUCCACCGGCAAAGGUUGAAAAGGAAGAAAAGAACUGGCUAUUCCUGGGUGUGUCGUGGGUGCUCAACAAGAUUCUGGAUGCGUGGGUCGAUUUCAGCUUGUCGAUUUGGAGCAAAUUCAUAGUGGGGGGAGUGAUGCUGGUCUAUUGGGCUCUGAUGAUACAUGGUGUGAUGCGUAUUAAAGUGGGGUUAUCAUCGGAAAAACUGUUUCUUGAUGACUCUCCACUGCUCGAACUCGUACGAAUUCAGACGAAUAUCAUCUUUAAGGAGGGCGGACAGGUAGCCAUAUUUGUGAACAACCCGAGCGAUAUGCACUUACCGAAUUCAGUGCCUGAAAUCAUGAGAAUUCUGCGGCGAUUCGAGACAGCCAACAAUAGUGUUGGUGCGGCGAGCACACAUAUGUGGCUUCUACCGUACUUACCGUACGUUGGAGAAAAGGAACAUGGCUCCAUCGAUUUUAAAUAUCGCUAUCUUCCAGAAUUCUUCAAGUUGCAAGAGUACCGGCGAUGGAGUCAUUACGUGAAUCUUGGUGAUCACAGAGACUGCCUUGCUGAGCGUCCAUCAUGUCUGCAGAAGUUCGUUUUCUCCACUGGAUUUCACAAUGCCGUCACCUGGACUGAGCGUCUUAAUCUCUUGGAGCAAUGGCGAAUUAUCGCCAGCGAGUAUCGCCACCUUAAUAUCACCAUUUACGAGGAUUUCUCCAUGUAUUCAGAUCAGCUGCUUUCGAUCGUCCCGGUAACUCAGCAGACUGUCUUCUUCGCACUGAUUUGCAUGCUCAUCGUUCUCACUCUGUUCACACCGUCUCCCGUCACCAUCGUAACAUCGUCGUUCUCGGUGUUAUCAAUUAAUCUGGGUGUGUUCGGCUGCCUCGUGUACCUAAACAUCGAUUUGGAUCCGAUCUCUAUGACCACAUUGUUGAUGGCCAUCGGUUUCUCCGUCGACUUCGUUGCCCACAUCACGUGGCACUACUAUAAGGGCAAUUUUCCGAAUAAGAGAGAGCGAAUCCGUAACGCGUUAGCUUCAAUCGCCUGGCCAAUGUUCCAGUCAGGAACGUCGACGAUGAUCUCCAUCGUUGUACUUGUAGCUGUUCAUGCUUAUAUGGUGCAAGUGUUUGUGAAGGUACGUCUUGGAGACUUUUUCUACAUGAAAUUGUUUUACUAA